AGCACAUCUGGACAGCUGUGCUGAGAAAGUUUGUGGACCCCUUCCAGGCCUACCAUCCGAAAGGCACGUCCCCCACGUUGCCUCCUGCUAGCCACUUAGGACUUACUCACUUACCCAAGAAGCAAUCAGCAACAACCCAAGACUGAACCUUUUUCUCUCCCCCUCCCCCAUGCGAGGCGAGGCCACAUCACAUUCAACACAGUUUAAUUUUCAUGGGGCUUUGCUAUCAAAAGAACAGAACCAACAACAAAAGCCCAGCCGCUGUCUGAUCCUAACUGGCUAAGUGGGGAAAGUAAGGUGCUGAGGAACCAGGACAAGCUAGGACAUGGGGAGUUUCAGAGGUCAUGCUCUCCCUGGAACAUUCUUCAUUAUAAUGGGCUUUUGGUGGUGUACAAAGAGUAUCCUGAAAUAUGUCUACAAAAAGCAAACUAAGACCUGCUACCUUAGUUCCAAAACAUUAUUACGUCGAGCAGAGAUAUGGGAAGGAGUUGUCGUGAUUAUCAUGGCUUUUACUGGUAUGGUUGGGGAGCAGUUUAUUUCAGGAGGACCCUCUCUCACCCUGUAUAAAGAUGGCCAGUGGUACGAGCUUCUGGAGUGGCAUCACACAACCAUGUACUUCUUCUUUGGGCUACAGGGUGUAGCACAGAUCUUAUGUUUCACUACCAAUAUAUUUCCUCUUUCCUUAAGCAAGUUAAUGUUAUCAAAUGCCAUCUUUGUGGAGUCCUUUAUCUUCUACAACCAUACACACGGUCGGGAGAUGCUGGAUAUCUUUGUGCACCAACUUCUGGUCUUCACUACCAUCGUGGCGGGUCUGGUUACCUUCAUGGAGUUCCUCACGAAAACCAAUGUACUUCUGGAGGUCCUGCGCUCCAGUCUCAUCAUACUACAAGGGACCUGGUUCUGGCAGAUUGGUUUUGUCCUGUACCCCCUUAGUGGAAGACCUACAUGGAAUCUGUCAGAUAUUGAGAAUAAAAUGUUUCUCACCAUGUGCUUUUCUUGGCAUUAUGGAUCAAUCUUUGUCAUCAUCGGAGCAAUAUAUGCUUUUAUCACCUGGUUAGUUAAAUCUAGACAUAGGAAGGUCUGCACCUCAGAAGUUGGACUCCUGAAAAAUGUUGAACGUGAGCAAGAGUCUGAAGAAGAAGUGUGAUGGGCAUCUAGUCUUUCUAGUAUUUCUCUUUGUGCAUUGCCUUUGUUCAUGGACUUGUUUCUUGACAUUUUGUCUAGAGAGCAGUCGUCUGAGCCUGACUCCAUGCUCUUUGUAUUUCCAGUUUUCUUAAAGUGUUGGACUUGAAACGUCUUACUUUCAGCUUUGAAAGUACCUUGGGUGACAAAUUCACUUUGAUUAUUGUGCAUGCCAUGGUAUUCAGGAGUAAUCAUGAUUUUUUUUCCCAAAGUCAUAUAUAGU